UGCGUCAUUUAAGUAGUGCUGCAAGACGGCCACACUGGCGGACGUGUAAAAGAAUCCAAAUUUUGCAUUUUCUCAUUGUUUUUUUUUUUUUUUUGCCACCCGUGUUUUCCUCCGAAAACCGAUGAGCAUCCGGGCCAGAGACGUAGGAAUCGGGAAACCACAAUGAGUGCGCGCAGGACGAGGAGCGGUCCCACGCUAAAUUUCAAGGCGGUGCUGCUGGGCGAAGGUUGUGUGGGCAAAACGUCGCUGGUGCUGCGCUACAUGGAGGAUCGCUUCAAUGCCCAGCAUCUGAGCACCCUGCAGGCCUCCUUUGUGACCCGCAAGGUGGCCCUCGAAGAUGGGCGGCGGGCGCAGCUGAAUAUCUGGGAUACGGCCGGUCAGGAGCGGUUCCAUGCAUUGGGGCCCAUCUACUAUCGCGGCUCCGACGGCGCGCUGCUCGUCUACGACAUCACCGACCAGGACUCGUUCCAGAAAGUCAAAUCGUGGGUGCGCGAGCUGCGCCAGAUGCGCGGCACGGAGAUUGCCCUGAUCAUUGUCGGCAAUAAGACUGAUUUGGAGGAGCAGCGGGCGGUGGCGUACGAGGAGGCCCUCCAAUAUGCCCGCACCGUGGGCGCCCAGUAUGUGGAGAGCUCGGCAAAGGAGAACGAGGGCGUGGCCGAGCUGUUCGAGCUGCUCACCCAUCUAAUGCUGGAACAGCUCAGCCAACGGGAGCCGGAUGCCAGUCCAUUGCGCCUGCAGCAUACCAAUCCGGAUGCCGAUACGGAUGCCCUCAGCAAUUCGGAGGAGUCGGAGCUACCGGAUCCCGGCGAUCCCGCCGGCCAGCGAUCAUGCUGCGGCAUUUAGCCGUCCCCCAUUGUGAUAGUAAUCAUAAUUAACGUACUAUGUAGGACCUGUAGCCGAUGUUCAUCUUAUGUAUAUACUAUAUAUAUUUACGUGUGUGCGCAGCGCGUGUGUGUGUUUCUGUUAUCAAAUAACUAAUUAAUCCUAGAACCAAAACUAAUCCUUAUAUUAUUUGAAAUUUGUUCGCCAAAUUGCUCAGACACUUUGUAAUCAUGUUUCUCGGCACCCCUAGUUUGUAUUCAAAUUUCGUGUUUGUCAUUUCGAACAUUCGAUUUAUUCCGCUCUUUGUGUGCGCGCCAAGCAAUAAAUUAACUUAUACUUGCA